UCAAACCAUCAAGACCUUUCUGCAAAAUAGAAGGAACACCUGAAAAAGGCCAUCUGAUCUACCUCUUAUGCAAAUGUGAAGAAGGAUUGCCUCACCCUAGCUACCGCUGGUACAAAGUAGAUGAGAAUACCCUCAAGCCUGUGACUGCACAACAUAAUCCAAACAAUGGCAUUCUUUACAUUGGCAAUCUCACCGCCUUUGAAACUGGGUAUUACCGGUGCGUAGCCAGCAAUGUCCUGGGGAACAGUAGCUGUGAGCUUGACCUAACUGCAAAACAUUCAGAGAGUGGUGUUGUUGCUGGAGCAUUAAUUGGAGCGAUUCUGGCAGCUGCUAUCAUUUGCAUUAUCGUCUGGGUCUUAACCAAGAGGACAAAGACUAAGAAGUCAAGUAAUGAAAUGCAAGAAAUGACCCAGAAACAAUCCAAUGCAGAGUAUGCUCAGGUACCCAGUGAAGAAAACGUUCCUGCAAGCACAGUUCCAUCAAGCACUGUGACAAAUGAAUACACUAGCAUUGAGGAAAAAGCAGCCUCUGGAACACCUGAAAAUAAUGAGAAGCAAGAAGCAGAAAAAGAAGAAACAGCCUAG